AUGGAGCCGUUCACGGUCCCCGGCGCUCAUCUGUCUCUGUCCGACCUUUACUCUGUCAUCCCCUUCAAUGUCACCUUCCCGGACGAGGACACCGGCUUGGUGGGCAACACACUGCAAAACUACACCGAGAAGCAGAGUCCGGUGAGGAGUGCCGGGGGUAUUAUCAUAGCCAUAUCCAUCACGGCUCUCUACUCCGUCAUUUGCGUGGUGGGACUUCUGGGCAACAUCCUCGUCAUGUACGGGGUAGUGAGAUACACAAAGAUGAAGACAGCCACAAAUAUCUACAUCUUCAACUUGGCUCUAGCCGACGCCUUGGCCACCAGCACGCUGCCCUUCCAGAGCGCCAAAUACCUCAUGAGUACCUGGCCCUUCGGCGAAAUCCUGUGCAAAGUCAUUAUUGCCAUUGACUACUACAACAUGUUCACCAGCAUCUUCACCCUCACCAUGAUGAGUGUGGACCGCUACAUCGCAGUGUGCCAUCCGGUGAGGGCGCUGGAGUUUCGGACGCCAGUCAAGGCCAAGCUCAUCAACGUGCUCAUCUGGGUCUUGUCUUCGGCGAUCGGAGUGCCCAUUAUGAUUAUGGCGGUGACCAAGGUGGCAGACAACGGUAAAACCAUCUGCAUGCUGAAAUUCCCUGACCCUGACUGGUACUGGGACACAGUGACCAAGAUCUGUGUGUUCAUCUUUGCCUUUGUGGUUCCCGUGAUGGUCAUCACCAUAUGUUAUGGUCUGAUGAUCCUGCGUCUGAGGAGCGUUCGUCUGCUCUCCGGCUCUAAGGAGAAAGAUCGCAAUAUGCGCCGCAUCACCCGCAUGGUCCUGGUGGUGGUGGCAGCCUUCAUCAUCUGCUGGACACCCAUCCACAUCUUCAUCAUUGUCAAGACUCUGGUCGAGAUCGACACCAAGAACCCCUUCGUGAUAGCCAGCUGGCACCUGUGCAUUGCCUUAGGGUACACCAACAGCAGCCUCAACCCUGUCCUAUAUGCAUUUUUGGACGAAAACUUCAAGAGAUGCUUCAGGGAUUUCUGCCUUCCCUGUCGGACCCGCGUGGAGCAAAACAGCUUGACCAGAGACCGCAAUACUACCAGGGAGCCAGUAUCCGUCUGCGCCCCAUCAGAGGCUGGGAAGAAGCCGGCAUGA